AUGACCCGGGCCCAGUUUCGGACGCUCGAGCGUGAACGGCGCUUCCAGAACCCGCCCAAGGACAAGCUGGCGUUCCCGCUUCUCCAGCAGGCGGUCCAGCCCCACAUCGGCUCCUUCGACGCCCUCACCAGCGGCCCCGACGGUGGCCUUCUCAACGUCGCCGUCAAGGAUAUCGGCGCCAAAACAGUGAUUGCCGCCUCCUCCGACUCCAAAAGAGGCAACAAGUUGUCGAUCUGGGUCGACUCGGUGCAAGUGGGGAAGCCCGAAGCCAACACCCUCGACGCCGCCCAGACGGACCGUCGCAUGAUGCCCUCGGAGGCCAGAGAGAGAAUGGCGUCGUACCGGGCGCGGAUGUCGUUAAGAGUGAAGUGGAAAGUCAAUGAUGGCGACGUCCACACCGAAAUCAGAGAGGCGGGGUUGCUCCCGAUCAUGUUACAGCUGAACCGGUGCCAGUUGAGAGGGAUGCUGCCCGAGCAGUUAGUGCAAGCCAGAGAAGAGCUGGACGAGUUGGGUGGUUAUUUCAUUGUCAACGGGAUCGAGAAGCUCGUGAGAAUGCUUAUUGUCCAACGGAGAAACCACCCGUUGGCUCUUAUUAGACCGUCGUUCGCUAACCGUGGUAACUCUUAUACCAAGUACGGGGUGCAAAUCCGCAGUGUCCGCCGUGAUCAAACGUCUCAGACUAAUGUCGUCCACUACUUGGACGAUGGUAACGCUACCUUCAGAUUCUCGUGGCGCAAAAACGAGUAUUUGGUGCCUGUGGUAAUGAUCUUAAAGGCCCUCGUCGAGACGAACGACCGCGAGAUCUUCGACGGCAUUGUCGGUGCCGACACCGGCAACUCGUUUUUAACUGAUCGUUUGGAAUUGUUGUUGCGUACGUUCAAGCAGUACAACUUAUACGGCCAGCAAGAAACCUUAGCCUAUUUGGGUGACAAAUUCAGAGUGGUGUUUGGCGCCGCUGACGACGAGCUGGACGUCGCCGUGGGGCAACAGGUGCUCGACAAGAUCGUGUUGGUCCAUUUAAAGGAUAACCGCGACAAGUUCCGCAUGCUUUUGUUCAUGAUCCGCAAGCUCUACUCGUUGGUGGCCGGCGAAUGUGCCCCUGAUAAUCCCGAUGCCGCCCAGCACCAAGAGGUCCUCCUCGGGGGGUUCUUGUACGGGAUGAUCAUCAAGGAAAAGAUCGACGAAGUGUUGCUGAACUAUAAGCUCCAGAUCACGUCGGACAUCAAUCGAGGCAUGGCCGUCACCUUCAACGAAAAGUACAUGAAACGGGUGUUUACCCGAGUGUCGGAAGACGUCGGGACUAAGCUCCAGUACUUCUUGCUGACGGGUAACUUGAUCUCGCAAUCGGGGCUCGAUUUGCAACAAGUAUCCGGUUACACCGUGGUUGCGGAAAAGAUUAACUUCCACCGGUUCAUCGCCCACUUCCGGAUGGUCCACCGUGGUUCGUUCUUUGCUGAAUUAAAGACCACCACCGUGCGUAAGUUGUUACCGGAAUCGUGGGGGUUCUUGUGUCCUGUCCACACCCCCGAUGGUUCGCCGUGUGGUUUGUUGAACCACUUGGCCCACAAGUGUAUUGUGGCCACUGAGGAGCUGGACGUGCUGGGUGUCCCUGCUGCGUUAGCUGCGCUUGGUGUGUCCCCUGCCUCGGCUCACGCCGCUGGUCCUGACGUCGCCUGUGUCCAAUUAGACGGUAAGAUCGUGGGUUGGACUCUGCACGCUCAGGCCAAGAUUGUUGCCGACACCUUGAGAUUCUGGAAGGUUGAAGGGUCGCACAACUUGCCUAGAGACCUUGAAAUCGGUUACGUGCCCCCUCUGACUAAGGGUCAAUACCCUGGUCUCUACUUGUUCGGUGGUAUCGCCAGAAUGAUGAGACCCGUCAAGUACUUACCCACCGGUGAAAUGGACAUCGUUGGUCCCUUUGAACAAGUGUACAUGGACGUGGCCGUGGUCCCUGAAGAAGUGGAGAAUAACGUCCACACUCACGUCGAGUACUCGCCCACCAAUAUCCUUUCGAUCUUGGCCAACUUGACCCCGUUCUCCGACUUCAACCAGUCGCCGAGAAACAUGUACCAGUGUCAAAUGGGUAAGCAAACCAUGGGUACCCCCGGGGUCGCUCUUGUCCACCGUUCCGACAACAAGUUAUACCGCUUGCAAACGGGGCAAACUCCCAUUGUUAAGGCUAAUUUAUACGAUGAUUACGGCAUGGACAACUUCCCCAACGGGACUAAUGCCGUGGUCGCGGUUAUCUCGUACACCGGUUACGAUAUGGACGAUGCCAUGAUCAUCAAUAAGCUGGCUGACGAAAGAGGGUUUGGCUACGGUACCGUAUACAAAGUUGAGAAGGUUAAUGUGUCUACUACCAAGAGACACGGGGAACCGAUCACCUGUCACGUUGGUUUCGGCGAAGACGAGUGGCCUGAGGAAUGGCGCAACUUCUUAGACGAAGACGGGUUGCCCUUGAUCGGGACCAAGGUCGAGGAAGGCGACCCCAUCUGUGCCUACUACGACGAGACCGCGGGGCGCACCAAGGUCAAGACCUACCACUCGCUGGAACCGGCGUACAUCGACGAAGUCAAGUUGCUCCACCCGGACAGACACGACACCGAGCUCCAGAUGUUCACCAUCAAGUACCGCGUGACGAGACAGCCGAUCAUCGGGGACAAGUUCUCGUCGAGACACGGGCAGAAGGGGGUGUGUUCGCGUAAAUGGCCCGCGGUGGACUUGCCGUUCUCGGAGCUGGGGAUCCAGCCGGACGUCAUCAUCAACCCGCACGCGUUCCCGUCGAGAAUGACCAUCGGGAUGUUUGUCGAGUCGCUUGCCGGUAAGGCCGGGGCGAUGCACGGGAUCGCUCAGGACGCCACCCCUUGGAAGUUUUCGGAACUGGACACUCCCGCCGACUAUUUCGGUAAGCAGUUAUUGGCUGCUGGUUACAACUACCACGGUAACGAGCCGAUGUACUCGGGUGCCACCGGGGAAGAGCUCCGCUGCGACAUCUACAUCGGGGUGGUUUACUACCAGAGAUUGAGACACAUGGUCAACGAUAAGUUCCAGGUGAGACUGACGGGUCCCGUCAACUCGUUGACGAUGCAGCCGGUUAAAGGGCGUAAGCGUCUGGGGGGUAUUCGUGUUGGUGAAAUGGAAAGAGACGCCCUCAUCGGGCACGGGACCCUGUACUUGUUACAGGACAGAUUGCUCAACUGCUCCGACUACACCCAGCUGUCGAUCUGUCGCCAGUGUGGCCUGAUCUUGACCACCCAGACGUCGGUGCCCCGCGUGGGGCUGAUGGCGCUGGUGCGGUGCCGCAGAUGUUCGGUGCCUUUGGAACUGUACCAGCAACGCCACGGCUACGCUCCCGAGCUGGAGAUCUGGGAGGACGGCACCGGCACCAAGUUUGUUGGCGGCGACAGCACCACCACGGUGGCGAUUCCUUUCGUCCUUAAGUACUUGGACUCGGAGUUGUCGGCCAUGGGGAUCAAGAUGACCUACAACGUUGAACCAAAGUAA